GGCAAGGGUGGGACUAAAACCCUGAUGAAUACCAUCAUGCAACUGAGAAAGAUCUGUAAUCAUCCAUUUAUGUUUCAACCAAUUGAGGAGUCUAUUGCAGAACAUCUUGGUUUCCCGUCUGGAAUUGUCCAUGGGAUUUACAAGCUCAAGACAGAGCYCAUCGUAUUGGCCAAGAGAAAGAAGUCAGGGUUUUGAGAUUGAUGACUGUUAACAGCAUCGAGGAGAGAAUCCUCGCUGCAGCAAGAUACAAGCUGAAUGUAGAUGAAAAGGUCAUUCAGGCUGGUAUGUUCAACCAGAACUCAACGUCCAGUGAAAGAAAGGCCUUCCUUAUGGCAUUACUAAACACUGACGAGGAGAACUCAGAUGAAGAUGAAAGUGAAGUUCCUGAUGAUGAAACUGUGAACCAGAUGAUUGCAAGAAACGAAGAAGAGUUUGAAUUAUAUCAGAGAAUGGACAAAGAAAGAAGACGGCAGAAUAUGAGGGAAGGCAACAGGACAAGGUUGAUUGCAGCGGAAGAGCUGCCACAAUGGAUCCUCAAGGAUGAUGCAGAGGUUGAGCGUUUGACAUGGGAGGAGGAAGACGAGAAGCUCUUUGGGCGUGGUUCCCGUCAGAGGAAGGAGGUCGACUAUAGCGAACACUUGACUGAAAAGCAGUGGUUGAAAGCUAUCGAAGAAGGUUCCCUAGACGAGAUAGAAGAACGACAAAAAACAAGGAAAAUGAACAAGAAAAGGAAACGAGAAGGAGACGAAGUUGAUUCACCAAAGGUGAAAAAGAAAAGAGGAAGACCGCCCGUCGUGAAAAUGUCUCCAAAUCCACCGGAACUCACCAAAAAGAUGAAAAGACUUGUAAAAUACAUCAAUAAACACGUAGACGAUGAAAGUGGUCGAUGUCUUGCCGAAGCAUUCUUGGUUCUUCCCACCAAGAAGGAUCUUCCUGACUAUUACCAAAUCAUCAAACAACCUGUUGACAUCAAGAAGAUUAGGGGAGAUGGGGACGAUAGAGAUUCAGUGUCUUCUGAUGUUGAAGGAGGAAGCGUCUCGUCUUUGAAGAUGCGCAUCAAACUAGGAAAACAAUCAGUAGAGAAAGCGAGGGCUGAAAUUGGUGGGAAGCGGCGUGGUAGACCSCCUAGAGCCAGGACACCAGGCGAACUAGAUGACAAAGACACUGACUCAUGUCCUCCAUCUGAACGUGCUGACAGCAGUGAUGAUGGAUCAGACAUGGAGACCGACUCGGUGGCGACCUCAAUUGACACAGCUGURCCUUCGCCUUCGCAGAAAAAGAAAUAAUACUAGUACUAACAGGGGGUAGAUUAGGGGGUUUAUUGUACUACAGUUUGGGAUCAAAACAGCUUCUAAAGGGAAGAUAGAUAGACUUGAAAUAUUGUAAAACUGUGACUUUCUUUUUCAAUUUAUUAUAAACAAAAUAGUUAUACAGUUUAAAUACUACCACCAUUGCCUCACUUUGUUAUUUCCAAGUCAAGUGUGCAGUGUUUUCCAGAACAUGACCAUUACGGUACUGACCUGGCCGACAGUGUUAUUGAAAUACCAGUGAAUAUUUGUUUUUGGAAAUUUUACCAGAAGUAACGUACGUUGUAGUUUUCCUAAGACUUUUGAACUGAAAGGGCAUGCCAUACCUGUGUUUUCUAACACAGUCUAUGUACCUGUAAUAUUGCUUGGAAAUGGCCAUCCCAGAAGUCACGUACUUGGGUUUUUGCCUGGGAGUUUGACCAGUAAGGGCGUGUCUUACCUGGGCUUCUGUAACACUUAAUUCUCGAACUUGAACAGAGUGACGUAUAAAUCUAUAUUAAGUGUUAAAUAACGUUGUAUUUUAUAUGGUAAUCACGAUAUUUUCUCUGUGUAAUGUGUUACUUUGUUGUAGUAUUUUGUUUUAUUUACUUAAAGUUUUGUUUAUAAUAUUUGACCAUGAUAUCAGCACGACCAUCCGGCUCUCUACAAGGGCUCAAUGAUAUAAUCUUUGUUUUCAGUUUUGAGAAUACUCUUGAUUAAGUAGUUUUAUUUUGUAAUUUGUAGGAAUAAAAAAGCAGUAUUCUUAUU